CAAGACGCUACAGCUGGUGAAAUCUACAGGACAGAGGAGUCGUGAAGGUUGAAGUUGUCGUCCUCUCCGACGAAAUUAAAAUAGGAAAGAAUUCACUUGGAAAAGAGAAGAGAAUAACUUCUAAUAACUUUUCGUAUGUGAUGGGUCUGUUAAUUAUUUAGCUUUCUAUUGACAGUUUUUGCGUUUUCAGAAAGAGGCUGAAAAAAGAAAUGCGACGACUUCAUACUACAUGCUCCUUACCCUGCGUCACGAGAGCCGAAAGGAACCGAAACAUAUAAUGCUGGUUCUCGUCGCCUUGGGCGUUGUACUUGUGUUUUGAAAGGUGUGAUGACUGGACGGAUUAUCAUUCGACGUUCUUUUUUCGCGUAUUUUGCCGGAAUGUUAGAAGUUUAAGUUUUCAGUUCGUUGCCGCUGCCGAGGUGACACAUUUAUAUAGAAUCUGCUGUGUACCUCGCCACUAUGCUCGAGGAGAAGGCGCUACAAAAUAUACUGUAAAUGUUCUGUGUGUGUACUCCAAGAACUGAACUACGUAGUUGAUACCGCACAUUCAGUACAGAUGGCCACUUAGCUGCCAUGCCUUGUGUGUUCUUUAUAGACCUGAGGAAUUCGUUUUAGUUGGUUUGGGAUGUAGUGGAAUACGAGAUGUGUAUUCUCUGUAUUAUCGCACUUAACUUUUUGAACGCGUAUAUUUCAGUGACCAUCUCCCUCAAGAUUGUAUAUACGAAACGCUUCACUCACAGAUAAUUAUGUUUUGAUGUUUUUAUUCACCAAUCAAAAUGCGGCUGCUGCUCUGGAUUAAUCCUGCAUGUUGUUGUUGCUUCAAGGCUGCGUUGUGAUAUUAAGUUUAAUCAGAUGCGUGAUUAUACGCACACACCAAUCAGCGCAAACGUGGUCUUUUUAAAAGCAGGACUGCCCCCAAGAAUCGCGAUGCAGCUCUAUGUCGCUCAGCAGCCGCCGCGCUAAGACGAGCUGUUCUCUGAUGUGAGGUCUCUAGUUCUCUUCGCGCGGCUUGGCGUUUUCGGGGGAGUUUCUAGAAUGAGCGCAGAUCUGGAGCGCGUUUCGCUCAACUCGGCGAACUCCGUGGGCUCCGCCGGGCGUUCGCUGUCCUCCAAUGUUAAGAAACUUCACGCUGCGCUCACCGUGCUGCUCAACGAUUUUGAGCGGGAGCAGUUCAUACACUGUCUCAACGUUUACCACUCAAAGCGCAACGUGUUUGACUUGGUCCAAACUCUAAAAGUUAUCCUCAAUACGCCGAGCAAACGACAGCUGUUGCCUAUGCUGCGCCUGGUCAUUCCGCGCUCAGACCAGCUCUUGUUCGACCAGUAUACGUCGGAAGGCCUUUAUUUGAAAUCUGAUCUGGUGCCCAGCAAUGGCAACCCAGAAAGCCUGGUUGAAGUGCAUAAUUCAAACAGUGUCCCAGUAUCCGCUGGCCACAUCUCAUCUCAGCCAGAACAGACUCAGUCCUAUCCUGCGCCACUCGGAGCCUCUUCGGAUACUUUCAGCACCAUCAGCGAGGGGACAGUUCCCUUCGCGCCGUUUGCAGGGAGAUCGCUCCUACAGGAAGUACCAGGCGAGAUCCGACAGGUUAUUCUGAAGCGCAAUAAGAGCAACGAGGGCUUGGGGUUCAGCAUACGCGGCGGCUCCGAGCACGGCAUUGGCAUCUAUGUGUCCUUGGUGGAGCCGGGGUCCUUUGCCGAGAAAGAGGGCCUGAGAGUCGGGGAUCAGAUAUUAAAAGUCAACGACAAGGUUUUGGACAGAGCAACUCAUGCAGAGGCAGUGAAGGUGCUGAAGGGCAGUAAAAAGCUCUCCAUGUCCGUUCGCUCCGUCGGCCGAAUCCCGGGGGGCUACAUCACCAAUCACGUCUACACCUGGGUGGACCCGCUGGGCCGCAGCGUGUCCCCGCCCCCGGACCUGCCCGAGCACCGCAGCGCCACCGCCAGGCGCUCCGACGGCCAGAGGCGGAGCCACCUGCAGCUGCUGCAGGAGGGCGACGAGAAGAAGGUGAAUCUGGUCUUGGACGGAAGCCGCUCCCUGGGGCUGAUGGUGCGGGGAGGGGCGGAGUACAAUCUGGGCAUCUAUAUCACCGGGGUCGACCCGGACUCCGCUGCUGAGAGUGGGGGCCUGAAGGUGGGCGAUCAGAUCCUGGAGGUGAACGGGCGGAGCUUCCUCAGCAUCCCGCACGACGAGGCGGUGCAGGUGCUGAGGUCCUCGCGCCACCUGAUGAUGACGGUGAAGGACGUGGGGCGGCUCCCCCACGCGCGCACCGUGGUGGACGAGACCAAGUGGAUCAGCAGUGCCCAGAUCGCCGAGAGCUCGGCGGGGGGCAGCGUCGCGGGGCUGCCAAUGGACCGUGGUGCCACAGCAUCAGGGAAGUCAGUGUUCUAUAAGGGCAUGGCCGGGUCUCAGGUGACCCUGUCCAGUCUGGUGACCCCGCCCCGGGCCCUGCUGGAGGAGCAGGCGCGCCACUUGCUGACGGAGGCGGAGCGGCAGACCAUGGGUUACUACUUGAAGGAGUACGGCGACGCCCACAUCACCGUGGAGGCGCUCGUCAUGGCGCUGUUCGAGCUGCUCAACACGCACGCCAAGUUCUCCCUGCUGUCUGAAAUCCGGGCCCUGGUGGCCCCCCAGGACCUGGAGCGCUACGACGGGCUGGUCCUGCGUCGGGAGGUCGAGGCUGUGAGGGCCCGGCAGGAGAGGGCCGGAGGGCUGAACCCCGACCCCUGCUCCGCCGUCUCCUUCCCCGAAACGCUGUCCUCCUCCUGCGCCAGCUACCUGAGCUCCGCCACGCCGGGCUCGGCACGGGAACGACUGCUGUGCUUGAUAGACUUGAUGGAGAAUGACAGCGCGUUGGAGGGCAGCAUCGACGUGCCACAAGAUGCUUUCAAUGCCCUGCCCGACAUCUCUCUGGAUGAAGUGCGGUGUGCGUCCGACUCCCCGCCCCCCUUCAAACCCCCUCCUCCCCCGGGGGUCUCGAGGCAGCCCAGCAGGAGGGACCGGUCCAAGCAGGCCUCGCCGGGGUCGCCCCAGUCAGGGCUGCUUUUCACCACCCCCUCCGCCUCCAACCUCCCCCAGAAUGGUGGCCACGCCUCCCCAGCCUUCGCCCCUCCCACUGCCCCUCCCACACACAAAUCAGCGGUGGCCCAGCCGCCCCACGUCUCGCCCCAGCCCCCGGUCAGCCCCUCCCCCCGGGUGCAGUCCCCGAGCGCGGCCAACCCCGCUCCUGUAUCUCCCAAAACCCCCGCCCGCCCUGCCCCUCAGACUCCGCCCCCUGCCCCCUCACUCCCUCCCUCACCCGCCCCCUCCCUCCCCGAACCCACCCCAGCCCCUCCCAGCCCGGAGAAGGCCCCGCCCUCUUCGCCCGGCUCGGCCCAGCAGUUUAUCAGGGUGGAGAUUCACAGGCCCGGCGCGGAGGCUGAUGUCACCGAGGUUCGACCGCUGCCCCAGGCCAGAGGCACCACCCUGUCGCAGCUGUCAGACAGCGGGCAGACGCUGAGCGAGGACAGCGGGGUGGACAUCGCCGAGUCGGGGGGGCUCAGUAAGGACAGCAGCCCCCGUCCUGCCAGGACGCACCCACAGCGGGAGCCGCAGGGAGCCGCGUCGGCCGAGCCCUCCACCAAACCGCCGGGGUUACUGGAGCCCACCUCCACCCUGGUCCGCGUGGUGAAGAGCGCCAGCACCUUGGGCAUCGCCAUUGAGGGGGGUGCCAACACCCGCCAGCCCCUCCCCCGCAUCGUCACCAUACAGAGGGGCGGCUCCGCCCACAACUGCGGCGAGCUGAAGGUGGGUCAGGUGAUCCUGGAGGUGAACGGGAUCUCGCUGAGGGGGCGGGAGCACCGGGACGCCGCGCGCCUCAUCGCCGAGGCCUUCAAGACCAAAGAGAAGGACCACGUCGACUUCCUGGUCUCCGACCUCAACGUGGCCCUGUAGGAGGCGCCAGAGAGACGCUGCGUGCGGUGCGGUGACGGCGGGGAUGUGGAGUGUGGAGAAGGAGGGGUCAGUGAAAGGCGAGGUAAAGACAGACCAAGGCUCGUGCAGAUGUUUCACCACACUUCCCAUCCUUCUCCCCAUAAGUAGGAAUGUGGGAGGCCUGGGGGAGGGGCAGCAGAGAGGCCCCGCCCACCAGGGCGUGUCCCAAGGUCUCUCAGUCCUCGUCUCCACAGGUGAGGGGAGCAGGGGCUGUGAGGUUGGGCUGACCAAAUUAAUGAAUGUCCAGCCAAUUCAAGAACAGGGAAGGGGGGUGCUGGGGGGGCCUCUGGGGAAAGGACACAAGACUCAAUGACAUCAUGGAGAGCAAACUGCAGUGCCCUCUUACUUCCUGUCACUGUGAGCCCCCCCAUCUUGACGGAACCCCAGCUACCGCAGCACCCCAAGUAUCAUGGGACUGAGGUAGCAGCGAAACAGAGACUCUGAAAACUAUCACAACAACAGAUGGGCCGAGAGAGCUUCAGCAACAGCCCCUCUCUCUCGUUCUCUCCCUCUAAAUGGGGGUUUAGCAUUUCUUUGGAUCAGUCUGGGACUCCCACAGAGAAACAGCUUGCGCCGUCCCAGAAUCCCCACCACAUAACAUCACCUCAUCAGCUCCAAAGAAUCGACUGUUUUCUACAUGUGUUUACGGGUGCCAUUUUCUAUAAGUACGCCCCUCACACACACAUUUGCACUGACAUCUCUGUAAUAUACUUAUAUGUAUAUGUAAAAUAUAUGUACAAAUAAAUAGUAAUAUAUAUGUGAAAAUGCGAAGGUCAGAGAUGUGAUUCUUAAUCAGGUCUGUGAGGGUGUUAUUUUUGCUAACAGGAUCACUUUAGCCAAUUGCAGUUAUUUCUUACAGUAAUAAGGGUCGCUUAAACCAAUCCGCUUUAAUUGCCUUUCCCUCAUUGGCUGAGUUCACUUUCGCUUGCGGAGUUCUGCGCCCCGGCCUGCUUCCAUAGUUACGCUAAGCCGCGGUAAUUAAAAGUCUGGUGGCGGCAGCGGCGGCGGACGUUUCCGGAGCGUGGCGUGACCGGUAGCUCCGCUGAAGCGGGCCCGGGGGCCUGAGCGCGUGUUACAGGGUCGAUUUUCUUUUUCGCCGGAGAAGCUCGGAAACACGCUACGAUUCAGGGGAGACAGCAGAGGGAACUGGGGUAACAAAUGAGCACUUUAUCCAAAGCGGGAGACUUAAUGAGACUGUAAUGAAGAGGUAGAGAGAUGGCGCGAUUGAGAAAAUGAGGAAAUUACCAAAAGUGUAUGUUGAUUGUAGGGUGUGCUGGGAGGGGGAGGCGGCUAUUUUCGGAGAGGCGGAUGAAUAGAGGGACAACGGAAAGGUGACUUGUUUACUGAGGGAACAAAGGAGUGUGACUGUGUAUGUGUGUUGGAGUUACUGUUUUUGUAUGUAAAUGUAUGUGUAUGCAUGUGUGUGUAUGCUGUGUUUUUGUUGUGCGUGUUUGUGUGUGUAUUUUUGGAUGUGAAUUUAAAUAAUAUGUAUAUUUAUGUGUUUUUUCUUGCGUUACUGCAUGUCUGUGUGUAUGUGUAUGUCCAAGUGUGUGUGUGUGUGUGUUUUCCUCAGUAAGAAAAAAUGAAGAGGCAAGAGUUUUGGAUUAGAGGGUCCGUAGUGGUAAGCUUGUUACAGGUGUAUGGAGCUGUCACUAUGGUGACAGAAGUUCCAGCCAGAGAAGUGUACUCAGAGUUUCCAUUUGUCUGUGUGACCUUCUCAAAUCAGGAACUUGGACCUAAUAAAAUAUUGAACAAAUAAUAUUUUGAAUAUGCAUUUAUGAUUUGAAUGAGUUUAGAAAGGGUUUUGCAUUAUUUUUCUAAGAAAAGAUAUGAUAUACAUGGUUGUUUUUUUGCAGAUGUGCACGUAUUGGGCCCCAAAAGUAGUGUUAUACUGUAUAUAAUAAUGCAAUUGCAGCAGCGAUUCCAAUGUGUAAAGAGAUAUCAGUGUAACUUGAUAACAUUAUAAAGAGACAAAAAUGUAACUUUCUACUUCAGCAGUUUCACAGUAAAUGAUCCACACCUCAUUCAGUUUUGCUUUUAGGUUUGGCUCUUCCUGCAUUUUUUUUUUCAUUUGUGCAAUUUUCUGGCCUGAGGCUGAAUGUGUUCUAAGGAUGAAUCUGUAACAGAAAGCCCACACCAUGUGAAUUACCUGGGGAAUAACAGGAGACUUAAUACACAGCAGAACAUUCCUGCUAAUGAGAAAACAAUAAAUAAAU